ACUCAACCAGAGAUUGAAAACACCGAAACUAUAAAAUAGAUCGUCAGACCACCUUCUCUUCUUUCGCUUUUAGAUUUCGUUGCCAUGGACGAAGAGCAGCGAAAGAUCCUCCUCGAAUCAGCUUCUCGUUUCCCAAGACCUCAAGGGGUGAAGCUUUCAUAUGGGACAGCCGGGUUCAGAGCUGAAGCUUCCAUAUUGUCGUCUGCAGUUUUCAGAGUUGGGAUCCUGGCAGCUUUGAGAUCACUGAAAACCCAAUCGGUUAUUGGGUUGAUGAUCACAGCCUCCCAUAAUCAAGUCUCCGAUAAUGGGGUUAAAGUCGCUGACCCAAGUGGUGGCAUGCUGACGCAGGAGUGGGAGCCCUUCGCCGACGCCAUCGCGAAUGCCGUUGAUGCUGAAGAUCUCGUCCGGUUGAUAACUGAUUUUGCGAAGAAGGAGAACAUAUCAUUUGGAGCAAACCAAUUGGCACAGGUUCUAUUGGGAAGAGAUACAAGGCCCAGCGGAGAAGCUCUCCUUGAAGCUGCAAAACAGGGAGUCAAUUCCAUGGUUGGAUCAGUUGCAAUCGAUAUGGGGGUACUCACGAGCCCACAACUCCAUUGGAUGGUCCGCAGUAGAAACAAGGGCAUGAAGGCUUCUGAACUUGAUUAUUUUGAGCAACUCUUCAACUCUUUUGGGUAUUUAAUUGAUUUGAUCCCCCAGGAAACCAUGCUGCAACUAAUGGAUGACAAGUUGAAAGUGGAUGGAGCUAAUGGCGUUGGUGGAGAAAAGCUUGAAGAGUUGAAGAAAUUGUUGAAGGGCUUGGUGAUUCAGGUCCAUAAUUCCGGCAAGGAAGGAGGUAUACUUAAUGACAAAGUUGGUGCUGAUUAUGUGCAGAAGGAGAAGGUCGUUCCACGUGGGUUUGGUCCAAUUGAAGUUGGGAUAAGGUGUGCAAGUUUGGAUGGAGAUGCUGAUCGGCUUGUCUAUUUCCAUGUCUUAUCAGAAAGAAACGACAAGAUUGAUCUUGUUGAUGGAGACAAGAUAUUGUCUUUAUUUGCCCUAUUUAUCAAGGAACAAUUAAGUAUUCUCAACAAGGAGGAAAAUGAAAAUGCAAAUAAUGAUCACCCAGUACGGCUGGGUGUAGUUCAGACAGCAUAUGCUAAUGGUGCAUCAACAAUCUACCUUCAACAGAUGGGCUUGGAAGUUGUAUUUACUCCUACAGGAGUGAAAUACCUGCAUGAGAAAGCUGCUGAUUAUGAUAUUGGGAUUUACUUUGAGGCAAAUGGUCAUGGAACCAUUUUGUUCUCAGAAAAUUUUUUAUGUUGGUUGGAGGCAAAAAAUAGUGAACUUGCUUCCAUAUCUAAAGGUUCAGAGCAACAAAAGGCUGCACUGAGACUGUCGGCAGUCAGUAAGUUGAUCAAUCAGGCAGUUGGAGAUGCCUUGAGUGGGUUGCUUUUGGUGGAGGCUAUCUUACGACACAUGGGAUGGUCUAUACAGAAAUGGAGUGAACUAUACCAGGAUCUGCCAAGUAGGCAGCUUAAGGUAAAAGUUGCAGACAGAACUGCUGUUAUUACAACAAAUGCAGAAACUGUGGUGGUUAGGCCACCUGGACUUCAGGAAUUGAUUGAUGCUGAAACUGCUAAAUACUCUAAGGGACGAUCAUUUAUACGGCCCUCAGGGACAGAGGAUGUCAUACGUGUAUAUGCCGAGGCAUCCACACAAGAAGCAGCAGACAACUUGGCAAAGUCCGUGGUACUACAUGUGGAUCGCUUCCUAGGCUUUGGCAGCUCCUAAAUUAUCUCUUCUUGUCUAACUUUUUCCAGAAUGAAAUCUGUCACUUCCAAUACAUUUUGGACAUUGUUAGCCUAAUAAGUUAUGGUCAUGGGAAAUGAUUAUUCUAAUGUUAUUUAUUUCAA